AAAAAAAGAUGUCAGCGCCCACAUAGAAAAACAUGCAAUGUCAAUAUUUUGUUAUUCGAAUGCCUUUUAAAACGAUUUAGGUUUACAGUAACGAAGUCGAAAAGAAAAAGUUGGUUAGAAUGGACCUGUUACCAAAAUGUCACACAGAGUUUGAUUCUCCAGAAUAUUGGGACAAGUUUUUCAAGAGACGUGGUUCUAAAACCUUUGAAUGGUAUGGAGAAUAUCCACAACUAUGUGGUGUGUUGCAUAAAUAUAUUAAAAUUAAAGAUAAAAUUUUGGUUGUGGGGUGUGGUAAUUCACAACUUAGUGCAGAUCUAUAUGAUGUCGGAAUUACCAACUUGGUUAACAUUGAUGUUAGUGAUGUUGUCAUUCGUCAAAUGACUGACAAGAAUAAAGAGAGAUCAAAAAUGUCAUUUGUGAAAAUGGAUGUUACUCAGAUGCCAUGUGAAGAAGGUGAAUUUUCUGUAGUUUUAGAUAAAGGCACUUUAGAUGCAUUAAUGGUCAGUACAGAAGCUGAGGUUGUUGAUAAUAUUAAUAAGAUGUUUAGUGAGAUUAUGAGAGUAUUAAAACUAGGUGGAAGAUAUAUCUGUAUCAGUUUAUUACAAGAUCAUAUCCUCAAAAAAUUACUUUCAUAUUUUACUGACAGUGGUUGGCCAAUCAGAAUCCAUCGUAUAAAUACAGAGAGUACAUCUGAGUUUCAACUGCCAGUGUUUGCCGUCGUUUGUACAAAGUUUAAAAAAAUAGAAGGCAUGAAACAGAUAUUAGAAGUUUCUACAUUUGAGAGUAAAAUAGAGAGGCUAGAAACAGUUGAAGGUUUAACUAAGGUAGUUAAAGAAAUGCAGUAUUAUGGCAUAUUAAGAGAACAACUAAGCAAUAAUUCUAUGAGUGAUCAUCAACUAUCGCUAUCUUUAUAUAAUGAACUAGCUAACACACCAAGAUAUACACUAUUUAUAGUAGAUAGUACUCAACAAUAUUCAAAAAAAUUUGCUAUAUUUAUAGUUCCACAAGGCAGAGAAACUGAUUGGUUAUUUAGUACGGAUAAAGGAAGACUGCAGUUAUCAGAUAGUGCUGGUUAUCAACGAUUGGUUGUAGUUACACUAGAUAGAAAUCAUUCAUAUAAUGAUAUAGACAGUAUACAGUCAGAGUUAUCUGGAAAAGUCAUGGAGUUAGCCCCCCCUUCUUACAAAUCUGGUACAAAGGUACCGUUCUUAUCAAUAGGAGGUGAUAUAGGUCAACGUAAUAUCAGACAGAGAUAUAUUAGUGAUAUAAGCGGUGAAUGUAUUGUAGAAGAUGUAACUACUGAUCAGGCAGAAACAUUCAGGCGCCUUAUAUUUUUAAGCAAUGAGAAUCUCAUACAGUCUGAAGCCCGUUUAGUUGAAGCAAGUGCUAUAAAAAGUAAAAAGAGGAAUAAAUCAAAAUGUGAUGAAAUGGUAAUUGACAACAGUUAUCUAGCUUGUCAACAUCAUCUUACAAUGAUUGGUGGAUUAGCUUUUUUGCCAAAUAUAGAUGAUAACAAGGAACCUAGUGCUACAUGUUUAAUAAUAGGUUUAGGUGGUGGUGCUUUACCAUGUUUUCUACAUCAACAUUUAACUAAGACUAAUAUAGAUGUAGUAGAUAUAGAUCCUACUAUUGUCGAUAUUGCUAGACAAUGGUUUGGUUUUAAAGAUGGCGAUAAUCUUAAAGUACAUGUAGAUAAUGGUAUAGACUUUAUUAAGACAGCUUGUGAUGAGGGUAAGAAAUAUGAUGUAAUAAUGUUUGUUUAUAGUAUACUAUCUAUAUGUGUGUAUAUUAUAUAG